AUGGCUUGUCCGGGUGAGAUGCCUCCUGACGAAAGGAAGCGACAGUACAGUGCCAUGCGCAGGGCAAUUGUCAAAACCUGUGAACCAGCACUGUUAGCAAAGUUUCAGUUGGCCAACGAUUCCGAGAGGUGGUCGAUGCUCAAACAAUGGCUUCUCAAUGAUGGCAAGACGGACUCCAUUACAGUAGAGGAGAAGUACUCGAAAUGGGUUGAGCAACUUCGUUCUGACCGUUAUGUAACUGUUACCAAACUGCAGCUGUACAAGAUCUAUGGGAAAAGCAAAGAGGCCAAAGCAUUUAUCGAUGAGCUGUGUCGUGGACAGCAGGGUGUGCCCCACCCGCAGGCACCAAAUGUUGAAGCUGCCAAGAUGUACAAAGUCCUCCGAGAAGUGCUGGAGACAACCAGCAGUGGAUCUCGGAAUGACCUUGCGAUUGGGACCGGAGGUCGGGUGCGGGAUGAGGCCAUGAAGUCGUUG